AUAAUGCUAUUUUGGAAAACUAGAAGUCUAAAACAAUUUAAAAACCACUUGAGGAAGUAAGAGCAUGAGGCUGAGGUAGCAAUACUACAAGUGCAAGCCAAGCCCUCAGAAAAGCCAUAAACAAAUCGUCUCGUUACCUUCGACCUCUUCUUCCUCUCUGCCUCCAAAAUAUUCUAACAAGAAAAGAAAGGAAUUCAUCCGCCUACAAUACCUCUCUUUAUCUCCAUUUAAGAACUCUUCAAACUCUUCAAUUUCGAAGUCUCUCUCACAAUGACAACAUUUGUCAGAAGAAUGGCUAUUGGCUAUGCUUUUCUUGCUCUUUUCCUCUCUUCAGGAUUCUUACUUGGUGUGGCUUCCUUUGGGAUUAACUAUGGCCAAGUAGCUGACAACUUGCCACCACCAGAAAAAGUGGUCGAACUCUUGACAUCCUUUAAGCUCACGAAAGCAAGAAUCUACGACACAAAUCCUCGGGUUCUGUCAGCUUUUGCCAAUUCCAACAUUGAGCUCAUUGUGACAGUAGAAAACGAAAUACUCAACCAGCUAGACGAUCCCCAAGAAGCACUUGAAUGGGUGAACAAUCGCAUCAAGCCGUUCGUUCCUGGCACAAAAAUCACAGCAAUCCAUGUAGGAAACGAAGUCUUCACUGAUGAUGAUCCAACUCUUAUUCAAUACCUCGUUCCUGCUGUGGUUAACAUUCACAACGCAAUUUCUCAGCUAGGCAUUAACACAAACAUCAUGGUGACAACCCCAAGUUCCCAAGCAGUUCUCGAUCAAUCCUAUCCUCCUUCAAACGGCAGCUUCAAGAGCGAAAUCUCCGAGAUUAUGACUCAAUUCUUGAACUUCUUAUCAAGCACGAAAACUCCAUUUUGGAUCAACGCCUACCCAUUCUUCGCUUACAAGGACGAACCAUCUCAAAUCCCACUCGAAUACGUUCUAUUCAAUCCCAGCCCAGGAAUGGUGGACCCGGUCACGAAUCUACACUACGACAACAUGCUAUACGCCAUGGUGGACGCGGUUGUUUUCGCGAUUCAGAAACUGGGUUUCGACGGAAUCGAGGUGAAAGUAUCGGAGACAGGAUGGCCAUCGAAGGGCGAUUCCGAUGAACCAGGAGCGACCGUUCAGAACGCAGCGACCUAUAACGGGAACUUGUUGAGAAGGCAGAUGGCGGGCGAAGGGACGCCUCUGAGGCCAAAAAUGAGCCUGGAGGUGUAUCUGUUUGCAUUGUUCAAUGAGGAUUCAAAGCCCGGCCCGACGUCGGAGAGGAAUUAUGGGCUGUUUCAGCCUGAUGAAAGUAUGGUUUACGACGUAGGGCUUUCUAAUAUUAAAUCAUCAUCGGCGUCAUCGUCGUCGUCGGCGUCCUCAGAUCCUUCGGUUUCUCUUAACUCCUCUGCCAGUAAGGGAUCACCGAAGCAUUAUAAAAGCUUGCUCUGCUGGGUGCUUGUGUUAUUAUUGCCGACUUCAACUCUGUGGGACACAGCUUAAAACAACUAAUUAGGAACCAUGAGGAAGAAAUUUUUGUGGAUAGAAGAGGCAGAGGGUGAAGAGAGAAAGCCAUUACUAUUACGAGCCAAAAAAAAAAAGAAAAGAAAAUGACCACAAAAACAGGACAACCAGCAAUGGGCAACCGCCAUGUGUAUCUAACACUAUAAAUUAUUUCACCCCUCCUUAUGUGGAGCUUCUCUAGUGAGCAGUCUCAAUAAUAACAUCUCAUUCUUUUUUGGCUGCCUCAUUCACAAUAAUAACAUCUCUAGUCCUCCUCCUUAUUAUUUGUAUAUACAUUACAUUGUAUGAAUAAAAUAAUUGCUGGCUCUCUC